AUGGAGGUCCAGAUCCCAUCUCCGUCUGUUUUCUUGAGAGAUUCUCCCGUCAUUACUCCAGCGCCUGUGGUGCAGCCAAAAAAGGCCGCCAUCACGAAGCCCAAACCCAAUCCUCCUCCUCCUAAACCCCUCAACAAAUCGGUCCAGGAUGGGGCGGUGACGAAACCAAAGCAAAGCAAGAGUCGAAAUGGCUACAAGAAGGACUACAAGUGGAGAACAUUUGAGGAGACUACCUUUGCCUCCCGGCCUACCGUGAAGAGGAAAGCUUUUCGUUCCAACUCUUUGUCGCCCACUCACAAUGUAGCCAAUCCCAUUGGUAUCGCGGGUGGUGCGAGACCAGAGGUUCGACAAAACCGGGUUGAAGUCACUGGAUCUGCUCAGACAUGGUCUCCGGGUUUGCAUUCUGCCUUCGAAACGGCAGUUCAUGCAUUCCAGGGCAACGGCGAUGACCUCCCUCACCCUCAGGGUCCAGUGUCUAGUCCAGAGCGACAGGUCGACAUGCAGUUUGACGGAGACCUUUCGCCGCCUCUCAAUCUCACCACCCCGGAUUCAAUCUUCAUGCCCGCUUUCGAGACCGACGGCAUGUCUCCAGGUCUGACAUUGGGCGAUUCGGUUGAUCCGUACAGCCUGACCACGACAACGACGAGCUCUUCCAUCGACAGCAACAGUGCCGAGUCUUUCUCCUCUGGUUCUCCCCAACUUUUGGACAUGAUGAUUUCUGCUGAACCGAAUAUGAAUCCGCUGCCUGAUCCCUGCGAGCUCGAGCCGCAAAUGCCUCUUCAUGAUAGUAUACCGACAGAGGAUGACUUUGACGAAGAGAUUAUCAGAUCGGAUGCCAUCGCCACAUCUGCUGCCAUGACGGCUAUGCAACUCCCCACACCCUCGUCAAUGCUCGACCCCAGCUUUUCCAACACAGCAUUCCAGGCUUUCCGCGCGUCUUCCCCUACUCCUAGUGAGAGUUCUACAGCAUCUUCCAAAUCCAGCGACAUGACAAUCCUCGCUCAGCCCUCUCUGGACGCCUCGUCACCAGAGAUGCUUAUGCUUCGAUUCGACAAGCAAACCUGUGGCAUUUUAUCUGUCAAGGACGGUCCUACUGAGAAUCCCUGGCGGACAUUGAUCUGGCCUUUGGCUCGAGAAUCUCCUGCUCUGUACCAUGCCAUUUCAUCUAUGACGGCAUUCCACGGUGCUCAUGAGAUUCCCAAUCUGCACGUGCCAGGUAUGGCACACAUGACCAAGGCGAUCAAACGUCUUGCCUUUGAGAUCGAGAACAUGCGACUCGAUUCGGCGCUGGCAACUUCAUUGGCGCUUGCUUUUAGUGAAGGCUGGGAUCGACAUGUCAGCACUGGCGUCCAGCAUCUCCGAGGCGCUAAAGUCAUGGUGAACAACGCCAUCAUCAAGCACCAGCGGGACAUGCAGCUGGGCCAGAUGACGACCCAAGACGCCAAUAGACUCAAGUUCCUCUGUAAUACUUUUGUCUACAUGGACGUGAUUGCUCGAUUGACGUCGCUGGAAGAAGCACCGGAGCUCAAUUUCGAGGAAAUCCUUGCCACUGUCAAUGCCCCAUUCGGAGAUCAGGUCGAGGUCGACCCGCUGAUGGGCUGUGCCACGACUUUGUUUCCGUUGAUGGGCCGCGUCGCCAACCUCAUACAACGAGUGCGCAAGACCGAGUCGAAUUCUCUCACCAUCGUCUCCACCGCCAUGGAGUUGAAGGAGCAACUACAACAGUGGCAAGUGCCCAGCGCCUUGAUCUUCGAGCGGCCGGAGGAUCCGAAUUCAGAAGUCCAGCACUCGAUUCAAACAGCAGAAGCUUACCGAUACGCUACGCUACUCUAUCUACACCAAGCCGUGCCGGAAAUCCCCAGCGACCCAGCGGCAUCCCUGGCGAAGAAAGUCUUGGUCACAUUGGCGUCAGUCCCCUUAUCCUCAAGAGCAACCAUCGUCCAGAUUUUUCCUCUUUUUGCGGCAAGUUGCGAAGUCACCGACCCCGAUGAUAGAACCUGGGUGGUGCAACGCUGGCAAGCAAUGAUCAGGCGUCUAAAGAUUGGGAACGUGAACUCGUGCUGGAAUGUCGUUCAAGAGGUCUGGGCCCGCAGAGAUGCGUACGAGGAUGAAAAGUCCAACAGAUUGCUCAGGCAAUAUGCGAGCCGCGGAGUGCCAGGGGGUAAUUUUGUCCCUCCAGUGCUAGACGUCCCGCCGGCAAUGAAGAGAAAGGCUUACACGGCAGAUUCUCUGGGUAUGGGAGACCCCGGUCAUUUCAGUCAUGGUCAACAGGGACCCCAGGACCGGCAGGGCGGCGGACCAGGAGACUUUGACGCAACAGGGAGGGCGGUCAAACGUCGCUUAACGAUGGACUCGCUCGGAAGCGGGAGCGGCAUGUCGGCCAUGUCAAUGACCAUGCCACCUCCCCCUGUAUCCCUCCCUCGUCGACACACAAGCGAUAUCAUGUCUUCAGAUCAACUAGAACCCGAAUACACCGUGCGAGGGCAAUUGCACUGGCUAGGUGUUAUGACCGACUGGCAGUGGGAAGACCUCCUCGCAUAG